UGAUGACUGUAUUCAAUACCUAACUCGAUGGAGUGGAACGAGAAAUUAGAUAUUAGCUAGUUAAACAAAUAGCUCAAGGAUGCACUGGAGUGAGGCAGUAACGGUGAACAAUGUAUUCAGCAGCUAACGCAGAUCAAACUGCAAUUUCGGAUAGAACUUAACAUUUGGCUGCUAACAGAGAAAAGUUAGUACGUUCGACAAUCAAGAAAGGAGCAGCUUGUCCUUAACCUUACAUCACCAGCUACGUGUUUUGAGCCACUCUCAGUCCCCGGGCUCCAUGGCGGCGGCAGUGCAAGGCAGCGAGUGGUCAUGCGGCCGCUGCACCUUCCUGAACGCGGGGGUGGCGCCGCGCUGCUCCAUCUGCGAGGCGCCGCGCCAGAAACCCGACCUCAACCAGAUCCUGAGGCUGAGCAGCACCGAGGAGCAGCAACGCUGGGCCUGCCCCCGCUGCACCCUCAACAACCCCCAGGGCUCCGGCGCCUGCACCGUCUGUGGCUUCGGACCCUCGUUGGUCACCCCCACGCCGACCACAACCAUGGCCGCCACCACCAACGGCUUCCUGCCCCCGCCACCGCAGCCUUCGGCGCCAGUCAUGACUCCCAUGGUUCUCCUGGAGCCCCGCGGGCAGCAGCCGGCCAAGGAGGAGGCGCUGAGGAGGUCGGAGAGCAACGGGGAGGUGGGGGGACUGAGCGGUCUGGGUGGACUCGAGGGGCAGCAGCACCACCACUCAGGCUGGGCGUGCCCGCGAUGCACGCUUCAUAAUACUCCUGUUUCAUUGUCGUGUUCGGCCUGCGGGGGACCAAGGAAACUGUCGCUGCCCAAGAUCCCACCCGAGGCGCUGGUGGUGCCCGAGGUUCGCACGCCCGUGCUAGGGUUUCCCGUCCACGUAGCAGGGGCCUCCGCCCCUCCACUCCUCAUUGACUUGACAGACGACUCGCCCCCCGCAGCUGCCCCCUGCGAACCCCAGGAGCCCCCCGACACCAACUUGCCCCCUACGCCACUCUCCUCCCCUUUCACUCCCUUCUCUUCUCUCCAGAACAACCCAGUGCCCCGCAGCAGGAGAGAGGUGCCCCCGCCAGGGCGGCCACCCAACCCUAACCCCAACGCCCCCAGCCCCACUUCGCCCUCCACGGCCUACGUGCCCCCUCCGCCCUGCCCUCCCCUCCGCCCUGCCAAGCCUAAGCAAGCCCAGCCUCAGGAGCCUUCCUUCCCCAGCAAGCGCCUCAGCAUCCUGGAGGAGGAGGACGGCCCCCACCCCCAUCACACCUCCCACGCCCCCGUUACAUCGGCCCCCACUUGGAAGUGCCCAGGAUGCUCCUUGCCCAACCUGAGCGGCUCGUCCAAGUGUGAGGCAUGUCGCUCGUCGCGGGCCGGUGCCGACCUCAUCGACCUGGUGGGCUGCGAGACGGUGCGCUUUACUCCGGCCAGCCCCUCCAGUCCGGACUUCAGCACCUGGGCCUGCUCCAAAUGUACCCUCCGCAACCCCACGGGGGUGUCCAAGUGCUCGGCCUGCGGUUCCUCCAAGCUGCAUGGCUUCCAGGAGCCUAGUUCUCGCUGCUGCCCGCAAUGCGGUCUCCCCGGCCCCUGCUCCUGCUCCUCAGCCUCCACCUCAUCGUCUUCUGGACACAAGGCCCGAAAACAAGCCCGGGUCUACCCCUCGCCCUCGGCCACCAACACCUCCUCCUCUUCCUCAUCGUCCUCGUCCUCCUCUUCCUCGUGCACGCUACUGCAGGAGAAGCAGUGGGGCUGUCCGGCGUGCACGCUGCUCAACGACGUCAAGUCUAAGAACUGCGCGGCAUGCCACACGGCCCAGCAGUACCUGACUCUGCGCAAGGUGGCCAAGCCACUGAAGAGGAGGGAGAGCAUGCACGUGGAGGCACGGCGGCGCAACGACGAGGGCGAAGCCAAGGAACUCUGGGAGAACAUCACCACCUUCUGUCGAGAGAACGUGGUGAACUUUGUGGACGACAGCUUCCCUCCCAGCCCCCAAUCCGUGGGCUUCCCCGAGGGCGACAGCGUCCAGCAGCGAAUCAAAAAGUGGCUCCGCCCUCACGAGAUCAACUGCAACAACUUUAAGGACCGGGGCGUCAAAUGGUCUGUCUUCCGCACCCCUCGGCCCUCGGACAUCCUGCAAGGCCUGCUGGGAAACUGUUGGUUCCUGAGUGCGUUGGCGGUGCUGGCGGAGCGUCCGGAGCUGGUGGAGAGGGUGAUGAUCACCAGGGGGAUCUGCCAGGAGGGGGCCUACCAGGUCAGGCUUUGUAAGGAUGGUACCUGGAUCACCGUGCUGGUGGACGACAUGCUUCCCUGCGAUGAGCACGGAUACCUGCUCUUCUCCCAGGCUCAGCGUAAGCAGCUCUGGGUGGCCCUGAUAGAGAAGGCCCUGGCCAAGCUCCAUGGCUCCUACUUCGCCCUGCAGGCGGGGCGCGCCAUCGAGGGCUUGGCCACGCUGACGGGGGCGCCGUGUGACUCCCUGAUGCUGCAGGUCAGCUCCACCAACCCCCGCGAGGAGCCCAUCGACACGGACCUCAUCUGGGCCAAGAUGCUGAGCUCCAAAGAGGCCGGGUUUCUAAUGGGGGCGUCAUGCGGAGGAGGGAACAUGAAGGUGGAUGAUGUGACGUACGAGUCGUUGGGCCUCCGCCCUCGCCACGCCUACUCUAUCCUGGACGUACGGGACGUACAGGGCUACAGACUACUGCGGUUGAGGAACCCGUGGGGUCGCUUCUCGUGGAACGGCAGCUGGUCAGACGAGUGGCCUGAUUGGCCGCAACACCUCCGCCAUGAGCUCAUGGCCCACGGCAGCAGCGAGGGUGUCUUCUGGAUAGAAUAUGGAGACUUCAUCAAGUACUUUGACUCGGUGGACAUCUGUAAGAUCCAUUCAGACUGGCAGGAGGUGCGGUUACAGGGCUAUUUCCCCAGUAGAGCCUGUGGUCCUGUUACGGUUACCGCUCUGACCAUGCUGGAGAGGACCGCGCUGGAGUUCGCCCUCUUCCAGGAGGGCAGCAGGCGGUCGGACACGGCAGACGGCCACCUUUUGGACCUGUGUAUCAUGGUGUUCAGAGCAUCGUUUGGCAGUGGCAACAAGCUGACCUUGGGCAGGCUGAUGGCCCACAGCAAACGGGCCGUCAAGAAGUUUGUGGGCUGCGACGUGAUGUUGGAGCCGGGCGAGUACGCCGUGGUGUGCUGCGCCUUUAACCACUGGCAGAUGAACGUCAGCGGAGUGGGGCCGCCCACACCAGUGGCGAGCCCCACCAGUGCACGGCGUCCCAACCAGGACUUCCCAGGGCACAUCCUGGCCAUCUACAGCUCCCGUCAGGUGAUGGUGGAGCAGGUGGAGGCUACCGCUACCACGCUGGCCGACGCCAUCAUCCUACUGACCGAGAACAAGGGGGAGAGACACGAGGGUCGCGAGGGCAUGACGUGCUACUACCUGACCCACGGCUGGGCGGGGCUGAUCGUGGUGGUGGAGAACCGCCACCCCAAGUACUACCUCCACGUGUCAUGUGACUGUACGGACAGCUUCAACGUGGUGUCCACCCGCGGCAGCCUUAAGACCAUCGACAGUGUACCGCCUCUGCACAGGCAGGUGCUGGUGGUGCUAUCCCAGCUCGAGGGCAACGCAGGCUUUUCCAUCACCCACCGGCUGGCCCACCGUAAGGCCGCCCAGGCCUCCCUAGGGGACUGGACCCCCACCAAGGCCACGCACAGCCCCCAGCUCACCCCCGACAUCGACGGCCUGCACCGGCCACGGCCCCUAUGACCACGGCCCCCCUUCACGCACACACACACACACACAAGCUGAUGAUUCUCACGUUGACACACGCGUACGUGAACACAUUUGUGUGGAAAGCGGGGGGCUGUGUGACGCUGGAGUAAACACAUAUGGAUAGAGGGAGGGGGUUGAUUGUGGAGACAUCCGUGGGAAGGAUGACUGGAUGAGUACUGGAGGUUUUCUUCCUCUUCCUCUUCUUCCUCCUCAAUCCAUGAAUGAUGGGGACUCGAUCCUGCCAAACCACCUGGAUCCAGUUGGGAAGGAGGAGAGGAGAGUGGGUGGAUGUGCCAUUUUGGAUGAGAUGGGAGAUGAGGGAGCCCUCCCAGGUGACGUCAGUGUUUCUAGAGGGGUCCUGAGCCUGAGACCCUCCAACCUCCAACCAACCAGGAAGGAUUCUAGACCUAGCCUCGUCAACUACAACACUGUACUGUUUGUCUGUCUGUGGACCAGGGAUAUUACCCAGACAGACACCCUGACCAGAACAGACCAGCGCCCGUUCUUUCUCUAACCCCCAACAGAUGUCAACGAACGCCCAGGAACACUGACUGUUGACCCCACAUCCCAAAGGCUAAAGGUCAUUCAGAGGCCAGGGUGGAGUGCUGUAACUGCUGAGCCACCUGGUGGCUGUUUCCCCACAGAGCCAAUCAACCACGCUGACCUGACCCCACUGUUCUUGGUCUAUGGACCCACCCCACCAUACUCGAGGUAGAAGUUGCCUUGAGCUGGUCUAGGAUCAGCUUCCCCUCCUCAAAGCCUCACUCCCAAUAGGCGCUGCUGUGUGAGGUUUAGUUUGGGAUGGGGAUGGAGGGGGAGGGUUAGGUGCUCUCUCCCCCAAGCCCCCUGUCCUGCCACCUGUACCCUGCACCUUUGGAGCUGUCAACUAUCAACAGGAUUGGGAGGGGGGGGGGUACAAUACUCUACACCAUGGUACUAUGUGAGCCAAACCCGACUAGCGAUUUUACCACAGUCAUUUACAUUUUUUAAGAAGUUUUAUUGUCUUUCUUUGGUCUGUAUUUUGUACGGUGCUUGAAUCGUUUCAGAAGUCGUCUAGGUUACCGUCUCUACACCCGUCUCUACACCCGUCUCUUCACCCGUCUCUCCACCUGUCUCCGCUGUCUUUCUGUCGGUCAGCUGUCCAAGCCCUCCCCUGUUUCUCUGCUGUUGAAAUGCUGUGUUAUUAUUUCUCCAACGCAAGUCAAAGCCUAUCCACCUCAAAUAUACGCUGGACUCUGACUCUGUUUCGAAGAUAAUGUCAAAUCAAUGUGUGUCAUAGACAGCUGUACCGUAUGGGACAAAUAGGAUAGCUGGAAUCUUCAAGUUGCCGCACCUCGCUGUUUUGACUCGACUUGCUGUCGUUCGUUAUCCAUGCGGUCCAGAUCGGUGUCGUCAUCAGCCAUUUUUAUUUUUUAUUUUUUUUGAAACACAGUUGUCUCUUCCAGCAUAUCUGGUCAAUAUUAUCUGGGUGUCGAGAAAGAGGAAAUGUAACCUCUUGCCCUCUAUUUUCUCUCUCUGUCUUCCUCUUACUUUCUCCCCUCAGUUCAGCGAUCAAUGCCGAAGGAGGCAAGAGAUCUUCUUUUUUUUCCCUGCUCUGUCUCCCUGAGGUUGAUUGACUGCACAUUAAGUCAAGCCUGUCUGCUCACAUUUGGUAUAUCAAGUCUCGCUCCAGCAUCAGCAUCAACUCUUCAGCUAUACAAAGCUGGUUGAAGUCCCGUUGGGGGAAAAUACAACAGUGGAGGUCAAUGGAUCGUUGGCGUAUUCAAAGUCUCCAUUGUAGGUCUACCUGAAUUGUUGGUCUGUCGUCUCCUUGAAGUGGAGACUUCUAAGUAAGGGAAUACUUGAGGAAGCCAUGAUUGUUUGGAUAGUGAGUUUAGUUUACAGUUCAUUUGAUGUUGUAGACCUGUGUCGUAUUCAUUAUUCACCAGAUGGAAGAAAAUGAACUGAAACGGGGAGGGACUACCUGGACUUGUCCAAUAAGAAACGGUCAUUUCCAUUCAAGACGUUUUUCAUUGCUUGCCCGAAUGAACAGGAUUUUGAAACGGCCCAAAAGCACAUUAGGGAACAAAUUCUGCUUUUUAAUAACGAAUGAGAGGUUUUAUUGGACACAGAAACACACACACACACAAACGCACACACACAAUUGCUCUCUCACACACACAUGCACACACACACUGAAGAGGCACCUGAGAAAUGUAGAUGUGAGGGCAGAAUGUAGCGUUUUCUUCCUUCUCCGGCAAUCUUGGAGCACUGUCAUAUUUCCCAGGGUGCACAGGGAGCAGUGAGGGAUGUGAGUGAUGUCACAACUGUUGGUCAUGUUUUACGCCAGAGCCAUCAGACUUCUAGCCUGGUUGACAAUAACCAGACUUCACCAAGACAACACAAAUCCCUCAUUUUAAGCUGAAACAAUUCACUCGCUCCAUCUCCCGUCAGAGGAGAAAAUCCUUAAACGCGAUACCGUCUUAGUUCGCCGAAGUUUGGGAGAUUUCUUGGGAGUUAAGUGGAAGAACUUAAGAUGUAACUUAAGUCUAAGUUAAGGCAGAACUAGAAAUAUUUCUUUUAUGUAAUAAAAUGAAUUGGGAAACUUGGGAGAAAAAUAAAGUUUGGGGGUGCACUCGAAGGAUGAUUUGUUUAGGCUAUUUGGAUGUAUUGAUUUGCAGAAAUACAUUCACCUUCCUUUGCAUGUGUUCGAAUGUACUGUAGUGUCCCCCCAAAAUAAUGGAAGAAAAACCUUGAGCUGACGAUGAUGUCACACAUAUGACCGUUUUGACACCACUCAUGACAAAUAUAUAGCCUGGCAACGUCAUGAUACGUGCUGUCUCGUGCAAUACAACCACUUCUAACUUGUUGGAUAGCCAACUAGUAGCAUAUUUCAUGACGGUGUCAUCAAGUACUGUAUGUAUUAUGACCAUAAUGUAGUUCAAGUUGUCCACUGUUAUAGUCAAUGUUUAACAUGUACCGGAACACUUUCAGGAGAAUGACUAUUUGCUCUCUGUGAUUGCAGCCAAGUAGCUGUCUAUUCUGUGUGUUAAUUCAUUUAUUAUUCCCCCAAAAAAUAAUGAUUUGAUCAAAGCACAAGAAAACCUGCUCUUCUUAUAGCAAAUGUAAAAUGUGUGCGAGAAGGUUGGGAUACAUACAGUACGUAUGCAUGUGUGAACUGUGGAUGUGAUGAGUACUGCCUGAGUGAACCAUCCAUUGAUUGAUAGGUGACAGAAAAAAUCAAUGUUUAUAUGUUUUAGCCCAGUGGGGCUGUCGUUUCUUGGAAACUGAAACCUGCACUGAAAAAUACCUGAAAUCAAAGGCACCUCAAAUGUCAGCAUCAUGAGGCUCUGUGACUUCACUUUACAUGUCGUGUGCUUACAUUUAGUUUUUUGUUGUUGUUGAUAUAUCUGUUUUUAUUCAUGUUGUCAUUUCGCUCUCUCUCUCUCUUCAUGUCGUUCCUGUGGAUAAUUCUAUUCGUCUCGUGUUGAGUUGUGGUGGUGACUCUUCCUGGCAGUAGGGGUUGGCCCGUGGUGUUCACAAGAGGCUGUGGCCAUUCACAGUCCAUAGCCAACAGCCUCUUAACUAUCUGGUUCUGUCUUUGUAAACUGUACAGACUCCAGUGCUAUAAUCCACCCCAACCGACACAGUGAACCAACUGUUUUACCUUGUACAAAAAUCUAAUCAAAUCCAACAUAAUGCUGUAACAGAAAAUUGAUCUCUUAUUUGGGCAGGAAUGUGAUAUAUAGAGUAUUUUAUUGAUUUUGGGGGGGGGAAUAUAUGAGUAUAUGUAUAAAAACCUAUGUAUGUUUAAUUUUCAAUCUCAGGUUCCAAUGGACCAAAUAAAGUUUUUUUUUAAAAUAAAACAUUACAACGGCUAGUC